CACCAAUGAAUCCGAAUCAACCCCCAAAUUACCCGCCUGGCAACCCAAAUCAACCUCCACCAUUUCCACCUACACCAUAUUAUCCAAUGUAUCAAGCUGGAAUGCCGAUGCCAUACAUUCCACAGUCUCCUCAAUAUCCUCAACCGGGGCCUCCAGGCGGUCCACCACCGUUUAUGGGAAUUCAAAUAAAACAAGAACCAAUGUGGAGUCAAGAAAAUCGAUACGGAAUGCAAGCAGGACCAUCCGGAAUGCCUGGGAUGCCUCCUUCAAGUCAUCCAUAUGGAUAUCCACCGAUGCAUGGGAUGCCACCUGGAAUGCCACAAGGAAUGCCUCCAAUGAUGGAUCCAAACAUGCCCGAUUUCUCGUCUCCACCAAUGCAUCAUCCGACAACUUCUCUUCUUGCUCAACAUCUUUCUUCUGCUCCACUUCCACCAGCUCCGCCACAACAACAAUCCCAUCUCAGUCAACUUCUUCAACAACCAACAACGUAUUCUACAGCCACUAAUCCUCAUGCUGCACCAACUCAAACAAUUGCUCGGAGACCGGAUAAUGAAGCAAGAAAUGCUCAAUUGCAGGAGCAAGAACUGGCUGCACGGCAACAACAACAGCAAGAGUACAUGCUUCAACAACAUCAGCAACAACAACAAAACAGAGCUGGACAACUUCAAGCCGAACAAGCCUUUGCGAAUCCACCAACAGUUUCAAUUCCACCACAAACUGGUCAUCCACCACAACAAACAUCUGCUUCUUCACAGCAAAGAGCCCAGGAGACGAUGGCUCAGCAAACAGAACCACAAUCACACAUCCGUGAGUCGCCGCAAAAAGAAACUAAUUUAGAAAAGUAUUCAACGGGAGAAUUGUGUUUAUAUGGAAGAGAGUUGGUUAAUGAUCUCAAUGUCAAAACAUCAUAUUUAUCAACGAUACUCAAAAAAGUAAUGGAACGGAAGCCAUUGAAUCAAGGAGAAAAUCCGAAUGAUUUGGCUGAUCAGUGUAAAAACGCUUUGCAGAGAAUGAGUGACAUUCGACAAAUAAUUGAAAAACGCCGUGAACCCACAUGGAAACGAAUGACUGGUGAAGACUACAUUGAAUUGAUGCUUGAUGACUCAGAAUUGAAAAAACCGAUGGAUGAAGAACGACAGAAAAGAAGAGCAGAGCUGGAGCAAAGAUUCGCGAUUGUAAUCUCUAAAACACCACCAGUAGAAGGACAUAUAUGGUAUCAGGGAAAAUGGAUUUCCGAAGAGCUUCACAAGAAAUAUAUGCAGUUUGAGGCAAAUAAAGAAAUCGUUAAAAACUUGGCGGCUGAACUGAAAGCGUUGGCAUGGAAAAUCGAUGUUACCAGUCCGGGACAUUUGAAGAAAGUGGAUCAGACGAAGAUUUCUAAAAAGAAAACCGAUGAUCAAGUCUAGUAGACAAUAUAUAAUUAUUUUUUUAAUUCAUUAAUUUAUCUUCUUAAAAUGUCAUGUAAAAUUGAUUGAAGUUGUGAA